AUGACUAUAGUUUUCGUAGUGCUGUCCCUGUUGCCAGUGUUAGUGAGAUGUUCUGGAGACGGUAACAUUCGUCUGUUAGAGAAUGAAGUAGAGGAGGCUCUGAAAUCCUGCACAUUAUUACCUGAUGAUAGCUUAAAGGAUAACAAUGCACGCCAACGCCGCUCCAAUGAAUAUACCCGCAUAGAUUUCAACGAUAGCACUAUUGGUCAAAACCAAUACGGACACGAAAAACGGAACAGCACCGAUAUGAAAGAGCAGAUGUACGUGCUCAACGCCACUUACGGCAACAAUGACUACGAAUAUGGGAAUGCCGGCAUUGGGAAUAGCAACGGGGAAAAGUUCGUGUCUUCAGCACCACGGCUUGCCGCGGGUGGAGAUUACAACAAAACACAGAUGAACGCGAACAGAACGAGACGCAGUGAACCUCUUUUGAACAGGCCGGACACCGAUCAGUGCCUGAGCCAAUGCAUAUUCGCCAAUUUACAAGUUGUGGAUUCCAGGGGGAUUCCACGCGAAGCAGAAUUCUGGAACAAGGUGCAAUCAUCGGUGACGUCACAGCAAUCCAGGACUGCUUUAAAAGACCAGACCAGGGCAUGCUUUCAAGAACUGCAGACGGAGGCUGAAGACAACGGAUGCUCCUAUUCAAAUAAAUUAGAACGGUGCCUGAUGCUACGAUUUGCAGAUAGAAAACUCACCGGCGUUCAACAGGGGCAGAAUCGUAAAACUUAA